AGUUGUUAUUUUUCAAAAAUUUAAACCGUAUCGGUUUGGAGCAUAUAACGGGAAAUUGAAACGACUAACAUGGCGCUGUCUAAAAUAUCAACCGGAACUACUAUAAAACUGUGUACAUUAGAUGUCAGUUGUGAUACAACUGCCAAUAAAGCACAUAAAAAAUAUGGUGAAGAAUAUGACUUCAAGAUAAGAUUUCCAAAACAAAUUGAAGCAUUUGAUUCUUUGCAGCCCGAUGUAGUAAACCUUCAAGAAGUUCGAUACAAGGAUAACCUAGAAUGUGUAAUAUCAGAAAUGAAAAAGAAAGGCUAUAUCGUUCAUUCCUUCUAUAACAAUACACAACCAAUGAGCUUCAAUAAUUUUAUAUGUGUUCGUCGAGAUGGUAACUGGGAAGAGACUCUAGUAAAACAUUAUUGGACGGCCAUGAGGGAAAACGGUGAUUCGUACCUGAGUGAUGAUGAGAGUGCACGAGUACCACCAUCGGAAAAUCAAAGAGGUGAUCCACAUGGAAGAUGCGUCGGUGUUUCUGUUUUGAAAAACAAGCUCAUUCCUACCCUUAAAGUAAUCGUUGCAUCCAUACACGUGGUUCCGUUUGAUGAUAGUACGAAACGGGUACAGCAAGAAGCCUGUUUGUCACUGGCGAAAAUGACUCAGACAAUAUCUGGAGAUGAUACGAUCCCAGUCAUCAUUGCUGGGGAUUUUAACAUUUUCAAUGAAGAUAGAGAAAACAAAACAAAAUUUGACCGGUUCAAAACAUUUGCAUCAGACCUGAAUUUACGUGAAAUCGACCUUCAGAAAAUGAUAAUUAAAGAAAAGAUUAUCACAGAUCAAGCCCAUAUUGGAACUUGUGUAGAGCAGCCAACGAUAAUGGAAGAGGAUCCGAAGAAAAUCGGUACAUUCACUCCUUGGUCUUUUGACAGUUUUUCUGACAUUGUCUAUAAACAACCAUUGGGUUACUCCAAAUUGGAUGCAAUUUUUGCAUCUAAAUCUUUAGAGUGCAAAGAUGGUGUCACCGUGCGGCCAAUAUUGAUGAAACCUCUAAACGACCUGUCCAAAAUGUCAUCCGAGGAAAAGGAGAUGGGCAUGGAUGAAUUACGAUUUCGACUAAAAGAUGUGCUUGCUUCCGAUCAUUUCCUACUUACGGCCGAAUUCACAUUCACCUAAAUGUAAAUAAUAUUACUGCUUGCUUCUGAUCAUUUCCUACUUACGACAUUCACCUAAGUGUAAAUAGUACUGUAUUAUAAUGACGAUUUGAAAAUGAUUGUGUAUCAGUCCUAGUAUUGUAUAUAAAAAUAAAUUAAUUAAAUUAAUAGAAUAUACGUAAUUGUUAUUCUUAUAAAAAUAUUUCUCUUAAUGAAUUCAUAUAUAGCCGGCAUAAACAUUUGUAUCACUAAAAUUAUUUACAUAGUAAUAGAAAAUAUAUGCACGAUUGACAGGAAACAGAAAGGAGCAACAAUUGUUACAGAAAACAGCAGAAAAUU